ACCAUUAGAGACGUUCGCGGAGUCAGUGACGCGCCACUAGGCAACUUCUCGCUGGACGAUAACGGAUUUAGAUAUGUCAAGGCGCCGACUACGUUCAAAGCGUGGAGUUCACAGCCAAGAAUUGCGCAAGAGUAUCUCCCGGAGCUGGAGGCGCUACUCAAACGUGAAGUCGAUGGAUGCGACGAGAUCUUGUUCUACGAUGCACGGAUCCGACAGGAAGCUGACGAAGGUCUGCGAGUCAAAGGUCUUUCCUACAACCCGUUCGCACGUCAAGUGCAUACCGACAAUACUGAGCGGAGCGUGCUCGACAAGAUCCGCAACAUGACUGAUAUGAAGGCGGACUAUCUUCUUUCCGGUCGAGCUCGCAUUAUCAACAUCUGGCGGCCUAUCAAGCAUCCAGUAUACGACUGUGGGCUCGCGAUAGCUGACGGCGGCAAGCUGCGCGAUGAUGACGUGCUGGAAUGUGAUCGCCAUCGAGCUGAUACCGGCCAGUAUUGGGACACGAUGGGUGUGAUCAAGUACCGUGACGGCUACGAUUGGUACUACUGCAGCGAACAAGCAGAAGAAGAUGUGCUACUCUUCAAGAACUACGACAGCGACACAUCCGUUAAGGCACGAAUAUGCCUGCACACAGCCUUCGACCUGCCACCAGAAACGGUCCCACCUGAUGCACCCACGCGAGAGAGCAUCGAGGUCCGAGCACUCAUCUUU